UCAUAAUAGAAGAAUAUCUUAAAAAUUGAACAUUUAUCCCGUGAACAUCAUUAAGGGAUAGAUUGAUAGAUAUCUACAUGAAUUAUGCGGCUAACAACUAACAAUCUUUGCAACAAAAUCACAUUAAAUACAAUCAAAUGUAUUCUUCAAUGUUGGAUUGUGCUUUUGAUUGCCGGCUGUCCUUCUCAUAACAACGGAUUAUCAUCAUUUUUAAACACAAAAAACGACGAAAUGUUACGUAAGAAUGAGUUUCUGCUGAUGCCCCAUGUCCCAAAUCGAGAUGAUUAUAGCAAUAAAUCGAACACAUCAUCAAACGUUCCCCCUGGCUAUAAUGAAACGAGCGAACCAAGUGAUCUUAAUCUAAACACACAAAAUCAUAAUUUUCUCAUGGAAAAUCACAACAAUCAAAACAACAUCGUCAUGAUUAAUGAGAAUGAUGAAAGUUAUUUUGAAAUAUUUAAAACGCCGAUGAAAUUUGGCACUGACAACAACACAAAAGUGACAGCACAGAUUGGCACAACUGCACAUUUGCCUUGCACAAUUCAUAAUAUUGGAGAGGGUGUGGUUUCAUGGAUACGACGAAAAGAUUAUCAUUUAUUGACAGUUGGACUUACAACUUAUAGCAGUGACGAACGAUUCAGCGCUACUCAUUUGAAAAACUCCGAAGUACGGUGA